CCGGGGCUGGAGGGGGGAUCGCGCUGGGGAAGUUCACGCGCCUCCGGCUUUCCAGCUGUGUGAGGUCGAGUGUGGAGGGCGGCUUCGGGGGCCGCCCUCGUGGGAGCCGCGAGUUGGGUUAAGCGGUCUGGGGCCGGGCUGGGCCGUGGGGCGUGCGACACCUGGGCCGGGGCCCCGAGGACGCAUUUGUUACCCCAGAGGAGAGAGGGCCAAGCAGAGAACCGGGCCUCAUAGCGAAAGUUGGGAUCCGGGAACUGAGAUUCGUUGGAGACGGAGCCGCAGGCGUGGUGUGACGAAUGAAUACGUGACUACAUCCCAGUCGGAGUCGGGACGUUGCCUGGAGAGUUGCUGCUUCAGUGAGUCCAUGAAAGCGCCUAGGAGCUGGAGUCCGCUGUCCACCGGUGAUGCAAAUGCAGAGAUGCUCUUGCUCGGGAAGAACGGAGCUCACACCAGCUGGUUGGCCUCUUUCAUCGGAGCCCUAUCCUUUUGGAUGUAGCAACCUAUAGGCAGGGUGGGAUUUCUGAAGCUUCUUUCGUUGAUAGUCCAGGGAGAAAGUCACAUUCAGACUUUUUCUUACCAUGGUUUUGGGUCACAAAUUGCUGAAUGGUACUUAUAUUCUCAGGAAACAAGUGAAGCCAGAUGCCACCUUGCAGACUUUUUGGGGAAUCCACUUUGCCAAGUAUUGUUCCAGUAGUCCUAAGAAACCAAUGGUUACUCAUGACAGAGUCUCCCAACCGAGGAAGACUGCAGAGGGUUUGCAAGUACACCCCCCAAAAGACAUUGCCUUGGAUGUAACUUCUCCUGAAGAGAAGACUGAGAUUAGUUUUGACAAAGCAAUUAGAGAUGAAAUAAAGGAUCAUUUCAAGCGUUUGAAAGAUGAAAUCAUGAAUUCCUGGGUAGGACCAGGUGGCCGUCCCCUUCAUGAAGUCUUGCUGGAACAAGCCAAAGUUGUCUGGCAAUUUCGUGGAAAAGAAGAUCUAGAUAAAUGGGUAGUGACUUCUGAUAAGACGAUUGGAGGCAGAAGUGAAGUGUUCUUGAAAAUGGGCAAGAACAACCAGAGUGCACUGUUCUAUGGAACUCUGAGCACUGAGGCACCUCAUGAUGGGGAGAGUAGCCAAAGUGGGUUCUGUACAAUGAUGUCCAGGAUUCCAAGGGGCUCUUUUGAGAGGAAACAACCUCAUGACUGGUCUUGGUUCAAUACUCUAUAUCUCCGCAUCCGUGGGGAUGGACGGCCUUGGAUGGUGAAUAUCAGGCAGGACACAGACUUUAUCCAGAGGAGCAAUCAGAUGUACAGUUACUUCAUGUUCACCCGUGGGGGACCCUACUGGCAGGAGGUCAAGAUUCCUUUUUCCAAAUUUUUCUUCUCGAACCAAGGAAGAAUCCGGGAUGUCCAGACCCCACUUAUGCUGGACAAGAUCGCAUCUAUAGGAUUUACCCUGGCUGAUAAAGUGGAUGGUCCCUUCUUCCUGGAAAUAGAUUUUAUUGGCGUGUUUAAUGACCCUACACAUACAGAAGAAUUUGCCUAUGAAAAUUCUCCAGCUAUUAGCCCAAGACUAUUUAAAUAGCAAAGAGCACGUGACAGCUUUGUAUUUUGGGUAGUAAAGAGUAUCUGUACAACACAAAGCAUGUCUGCUUAACUAUUUUGUGGCUGGGGUUUGAUUCAAGACCUACCCAAAAUAAAGCAUUCAAUGAACA